AUGUUCAACCUACCUAGGCUAAUAGCCAUACUAAUACUACUACUAUCGUUUGCAUCCACGAGUCAGAGCUGUGGGAUUUCAACCGAUGACUUUUUGUUAAAGCCGUUUAUAAUAGACGUUUCCUUGGAUGAGGAUGAGAAGAAACUACGGUUUUAUUUUAAUACAAAGGUAGCACCACAUAGGGCUCUGUUAGCGAACUACAACUUGUCGGAUUACCUCAUCAAUGAUGUGGACUAUAGAUCGAACAAAUAUACCACGUUCCAUGUGGAAAUAGCCUUUAUGGGCAAAACAUUUAUAAAUGAAAACAAAAGAUUUUGUGAUAUGAUUGCGGUGAAAGAUACCCCAAGUUUCAAAGAUAGUCCCCGAUUCCCGCCACCUGUCCCCACCACCACACCCCUCACAUUUGGAAACUAUAACAAUACCAUGGUUUCGAAACGACAAGACGUGGAACCAUCAAAUAACACCGUGGAUGACGAACCCAUAUCUGAAAUAUUCAGUAAUUCCACCGGUCAAUUAGUUCAAUGUCCAUUAUACUAUAAUGAUUCAAUUAUGAUUUAUUACGAAGCGGAUAUAAGUGAUCAUUUUCAUCGGCUUGGUUCUUACCUGGCCCGAUUCUCAGUAGUUUCCAAUGGAGAGGUGUCGGGAAUAAUAGGAUGCUCAAAGACAUACAUCACUCCAGUCCAACCCGAAUCUGUUUCUAAAUUAAUUGCCUAUGGGGUUUUGGUGUUGAUUGUGGUGACUGCCAUUGUGAAUUUGUUCACCAUUGCCUAUUCAUGUUAUCAAGAAUCGUCAAACCCACUCUUAUUUUUGGCAUCUACUAUUUGUAACGCGGACUUGUUGAAACAAGUGGAUGCGUCUAUCCCAGGGAUAGUCACAUAUUUACAAUUUGCAUUGUUUAUAGGAGGAUUGGAUUUGCAGUACCCCGGUUUUUACCAACCUUUGAUUGCCCAGAUUCGCUGGUGUGCACUUCUAGGUUCAAAUAUUAUUAAAUCACUGUCGCGGCAAUUGCAACGGCCUUCCAACCAGGACAGCAUUUAUGUCACAAUUGAAACGGGACAAUUAUACACAUUGAGUGUGUUUACAACUGAUUCUAGCAUUGAUCACACUUGGCCUAAUUUUAUAAUAUUGCUUAUUAUCGUGAUUAUUAUUGUUAUUGGAUUUGAGCAAUUGUUUAUUUUGUUAAAAUUAUUUAUGGAUAAUUUAAAUAAGGACGGACAGGCGUUUUGGAUGAAAAAGAAGAAAAAGAAUGCUAAUGGGAAUAAAAGAAAGGCAUUGGCGGAGAAUUUCUCGUUGAUAUCAAGAAACAACGGAUACCUUAUGGUUGGACAAGUCUUGCAUUUAUUCUUGUCGAUUUUUGGCAUGCCCUUUCUUGUAUUGACGUCAUUUAUGUUUUUAAAAGCGAGAGAAUUGAACGGCAAGCAAAAAUACUUUCCUGAUUUGAUCACAUUGAAAGACCAUGCAUUUUCAUUCACGACGUCGUAUGAUCAGAUAUUCCUUCCUUCAACUUAUUUAUUGACUAAUAGCGAUGAUGAUCCUAUUAAUUUCGGUGAUCAUUUGCGUAAUUCAACAUUCCUAAAUUCUACAUUAUUGAAUUCAACAUUGGGCACUACUCAAUACACCAGUAUUCCUGUGCCAUCAGUUGUAUUUGGUUCAAUAUUAUUCACCACUUGGAUCGCCCUUGUGUUGUACUUCAUCAUUAAUUACUUGGCAUCUAUAAACAAGAACCCUGGUCGGUUGUACACCUCGCUCAAGACGAUUCUUCUUUGGGCAUUCUACUACAAUGAAUACAAACCGCAACGAGUCGCUGCGGUGGCAUAUGACAUUUUCUCACUUGUGUUUAAACUGUUGAUUAUUGGACUUGCGCAAAACCAUGGGAUCGUCCAGGUUGUAUGUUUGAUCAUCAUCUCCGUGUGUGAUUUAAUGGUGUUGUUUGUUAUUCGACCACAUUUUGUGGGGUUGACUUUGUACUCGUGCAAAUGGAUGUUCCCCAUGGCGCGCUUCCUCAAUUCUAUGCUUUGCAUUCCUUUCAUUCGAGAAUUGGAGAUUGGCGAGUCCGUGCGUUGUUAUGUCGCGUACGUUCAGAUGUUGAUUCAUUGUAUAGUGGCGGUUAUCUUUGUGUUGCAGUUGUUGUACUGGUUUGUGCGGACAUGCAUCUCGAUUUAUCACAAUAUGAAGGAUGAGAAUACGGAUAUGAAUGAUGCAGGCGGGGCCAUCCAGGGUAACUAUGCUGACGAAUUCAAUCGUGAGUUCGAGUACAAGCCCGUGGUGUUGACGCAACUGCCUAUUGAUCGUGUUGCUCCUAUAGUUCAUGAGAUUGAGGAUGACGAUGAUGACGAUGAUGAUGAUGAGGAGAACUACUAUUAUAGAAAGAAGAGUGAGCAGAUCUUGGCCAGGAUGAGCACUAGUACUAGUACCAGUAAUAAUACCGGUGAUUCUUCGACUCCACGAGCCAAUUUGGCUAGUGUAGAUGAAGAAAAAGAAGCAAGUACAAUGACACCAGUUCCAGAAUUACAAGUUGGUAGUUUGCGUAAACACGUGGAUUAUAAAGUCAGAGAGGGUGAUCAGAUCUACCAAAAGUAUUUCAUGGAUGCGAUUGAUCCUGAGAUUAAGGAACUUUGGGAUUCCAGAAGAAAAGAAUGGGAUGAACGGGCCAAGAUUGGUGUAUUUGAUAAGAUUAGGAAGAGGAUUCCAUUUUUGAAGAAGAAGGAAGAGGAGGAGGUGAUGGAAAAGGGAUUCCAUGUAGUCCGUCCUAAACAAUUAGUUGUUAAGACGGUCGAGGAGGUGAGACAGCAACAGCAGCAACGCGAAGAAGCAGAGAGAGGUAAGCGUGCUGUGUUGCUGGAUUCACAAACAGAUGAUAAUUCACUGAGUAAUUUGAGUUACUGAGUGGAUAUGAUUAGAUAGAUAUUUCAGUUCGUUGAUUCGAUCAAUUGCGCAAUGUGGAUUGAUUGGUUAUUAUAAUGGGUUUUAUUAUUAUUAUUAUUGGUUGAAUCUUAUUUAUUUCUUUGGUAUAUAUUUAAUGGAUUUUUAAUUCUUUGUACGUUUGGCGUUGCUAGAUAUAUCUUCGUUGCUUCUCUUUUUCAAGAUGUUUCUGAUGAGUUUGUCGUCGUCGAUGGUCUUGACCAGUCCAUCUAAAGUAUUUGCUAAAGUGGCAUCUACGUCUAAGCAAUUGGAAAGGGAUUGAUAUUCAGACUUUAAAACAACUUCAGCCAUGCUCUUGCGCAAAGGUUCCUUUAACUCUUUGUCAUAUGGUUCUUUAGCAAUUGGUGGAUACUCAUUGAUUCUAGCUUGAAGGAUCUCAGUAUAAUUCUUGACAAACUCGGUAGUCACCUUUUUCGAUUCCACCAACUGAUAGCAUUUCUUGUAUAUUCUGGUAAUGUUUUGAAUAUCAGCUGUGAUUGGCUCUUGCUUGUGGAUCAAUGCAAUUAUAGUAACUAGUUGAAUAAGGAAUACAAAGGUAAGAUUGACUUCUUUGCUUGAGUAACAAUCAUACGAUUCAGCUACGACUUCCGGCUCGUCAUCUUCUUGCUCUUCUUGCGAGAUUUCCGUGAUUAUUUCCAAUAAAUCAAAUACAAGUUGCUCUGACAAGGAUUUUGAGAAAUGACUGGUGAUUAGGGUGAGGGGGAUCUCACCGAAGUCGUAUUUGGACCCUGUGGUUUCAACAUACCCGUACCGUCUCAAAAUUUCACAGUUUGGGUGAUCAGAGUAUGUGUUGUAUACUUGUUCGCCUUUCUUGAUUGGCUUAAUGCAUGUCAUUACGAGAUCUUGGUUCUUGUUGUAGGUAAGAAUGGCAUUGUUAAGGUGGGUGUCUGCGUUUAGUGUGUCUGCUAAUGGAACCAUGGACUUUAUGUAUUCCACUUCUUCUUCUUCUUCUUCAUCGUCUUCGUCUUCGUCUUCAUCCUCUGUACCCUGGGCAACAUCGAAAGAGUAGGACAUGAUGAUGGUGGCAAUCUUGGUGAAUUCUUCCAUGGUCAUACCCUUGAGUUCUUCAAGGUUCCACUGAUUGACAAUCGCAACUAGUCUCUCAUACAUCUCGACUGUCUUAUCCUUGCCAAUACGAUCCAACACUAAUGAAGGCUUCAAAUCCAGUAGCUGUUCGUCAUUCCAGAAUAACAACUCGUGGAAUUCAAAAGUGUCCAAAUCAGGCAAAACAUUGAAGUAAUCGGUCCAUUUACUUUCCUUCCGUUUGUAUUCAUACAACAACACGAGAAUCAAUGCAUCCCAUUCAUUCUCUAAACCAGCGAGUUUGUCAGCGAGUUCUGGUUGGUCCUGUACGAGUGAAUUGUUGAGGGAAUUAAUGAGGACCGUGCGGGGGAUAGUGAAGAGGGUUUCGUCAAUCUCGAUGUCUUCCAAUGCAAUGAUCCCACGUCCUUGAUUGGCGGCUCUAAGGUCGGCGAUUUGCAAUUUAGGUGAUAUGGUGACGUCAUUCUCUUGUAAGAACGCUAUGAACUUGUCUGUUCUUGCCGAAAAGUCUGCCAUUUUGAAGUUAAUUUUGCAGUUACUC